AUGUUAGUAUUCGAGAGAGGAAGACGUAGAACCAAAGCGAGAAUAUGGAAAUGGAAAGAAGAGACAAUAGAAGAAGUGAAAGAAAUCAAGUAUCUGGGAUACACUCUUCAGAAAAAUGGAGGAUCAGAGAAACAUAUAAAAGAAAGAAUAAAGAGGGCAACGGUGGCAAUGAAGAGAACCUGGAGCAUUGGAGAAAGAAUUUUCAAGGACAACUUUGAAAGAAGGAUAAAGAUGUUCAACUCGCUAGUGGAAAGUAUAGCACUAUACGGAGCGGAGCUUGAUUGGAGAACACCAAAUUAUAUAUUGGAAGAGGAAACGAAAAUAAGCAAUAUUAAAACUAAAGCGACUAGAAGAGCAGCAAAGUAUGAAGAAAAAAUAAAGAAUUCGAAGAAAAAACUGAUACAAGAAUGUGUAAAGGAGUUGGGAAAGGAACGAAGGGAAGAAAAAGUGAAUAAAUGGAAAGAAAAGAGAAGGGAAUUACUCGAGAGAGCGGGACUGAAUAAGGUGCGAGGAGGAGGGGAAGAAGAGACAGGAGAACAAAAAAUAGUAGAGGAGCUAAUGAAGAGAAUAGAGAAGAGGGAGGAAGAGGAAAGACUAGUAAAAAUUAAUGAGUCAAGGUCAGAGGAGAAUGUAAUACACAUGCUUAAAGAAUGUACGGAGACAAAAAGUGAGAAGCAGAUGGUAGAAUUUUUGGGGGAAGAAGGUAAAGGAAUAGAGACAAUGAAGAAAAUUGAUAAGGCGAGAAAGGAAGCAGAAAAGAGAGAGAGACGAAAUGGGAGUGAGGAAGCAGAUAUGUUAGACACAGGAAGCAGGAGCUGUUCCGGGAUAGAUUCUUAG